CGACUGCCCGGGUGAAGCUGGUGGAGCUCGUGGCUCCGGGGACCUCUCCAGAUCGAAGUCUUUCCUAUUUGUCCCUGUGCUCUUGGUAGCCUAUUCCUCAGACCUUGGACCCUCCGAGACCCCCUAGCUUUUGCUUCGGGGUUGAAUUCUGGGCCAAGGGACCUACCCACUGAAAUUGUCUUCGGUUCGGGGGGUGGAUAAUCUGGCCCCCAGCUGGGUGUGCUUGCCUCUGAGGUGGCCUUGGACAGAGGGGACCAAAUGGCCCCCAGUAUGUUUUUUUCUUGGACUCAUAGGCACAAGACAUGAAUUUGCGUCCCACCCGUGCCACCCAUUAGCAGCAGAAUAUUUUACCUCUCAGAGCGUCGGUUUUUAAUCUGUGAAAUGGAGAUGCCUACUUCACUGACUUGUGAAAGUCAGAGCACAUGAUGUGCCUGAAAUCCGGUUGUAAACUAAAAAGCACGCUGUAUGAACUCAGGUUUAGCAGUGCUAAUGCACUGACUUUGCAAGGAACCAGUCUGUAUAGUUUAGUCUAGCAAGUAAGACUGCAUGACCUGUGUCCUAAUUCCGUUUUAUUACUGUCCACGGAAAGGGAACAAAUAGUCACUAAGGCCAAUUAAAUACAAGGGAUGUAACAGUAGUUAUAUGUUAUUUAUUUUCAACGUGAAGGUUGUGAUUGUUAUCACCAUUUUACCGUUGAAGUUUCCAAGUUUGUAAGUGACUGACUCUGCAGUCUUUAAAAGCAAGCCGUUUAAAUUUUGUACUUUAGUUUCUUCAUGAAUCAAAAUAAAGGUACCUCACAGGAUUAAUAUGACUGUAAAAUGAAAUAGUGGUGAAAGCACCCUGGAAAAAUUAAAAGUCUUAUAUUAAAUGAAAUUUAAUUUGAGACUUUAGUAUGUUUAUAAUGUGUUCCUCUAAAUCAGUAUUUAAUAGGCUAAUGAUAGGCCUUGUCUAAUGUUUCAUUUAAUCAGGAAUGGAAUACUACUUUAAGUGGUACAGUAACUGGUAGGUUCUACACAGAUACACUAGCAAUGUGAGAGAGGAUGCCCUAGUACUAUGUAAGUAAACGUCUCUAAAGGCAGUUACCUGUUUAUUGAGUACUCAUGAAGUGGAAAGAAUAGCAGUGGGUGCUGAUGAGCUUGCAUUUAAGAAAAAUAAUAACAGAAAUAGUUCUGGGGUUUCAGCUCUUACAUUUUGAUGGUGUUGCUCUUUGUCCCGUUGUUAAAUUGAGUGGAAAUGUAAAAUUGUUUAAAAGCUUUGCUUCAGGUGACUUUAGUUCUAGAUAUUGAUUUCUAUCUUAUUCUUGUAUCAAAUAUACCAUCGGUAACACUAAUUUUUCUUUCUCUUAAGCAAGGAUGAAAAUAGGUGUGCCUAGAAGCAGACUUUAAAAGCAGUUUGUCUUCAAAACAUCUUUUUUCAUACCAUCUGAUAAGGGUCUUGAUUCACCAUGGCAGUAGCAGCAGUAAAAUGGGCGAUAUCAAACACAACUGUCUUGAAACAUUUAUUUCCAAUUCAAAAUGGAGUUUUAUAUUGUGUGUGUCAUAAAUCUACAUAUUCGUCUCUUCCAGAUGACUAUAAUUGCAAGGUAGAGCUUGCUUUGACAUCUGAUGGCAGGACGAUAGUAUGCUACCACCCUUCUGUGGACAUUCCAUAUGAACACACAAAACCUAUCCCUCACCCAGAUCCUGUGCAUAAUAAUGAAGACACACAUGAUCAAGUGCUGAAAACCAGAUUAGAAGUGAAAGAUGAGCCCCUUGAGCAAGGACCCAUGAUAGAACAACUUAGCAAAAUGUUCUUUACCACUAAGCACCGUUGGUAUCCUCAUGGACAGUCUGAGACAGUCAAAGGAAAUAGUGCUUACGAGGCAGUCGGAAAUAAUUUCAUUCAUCUGUCGUUCCACGUUUGUUGGUGGGCCCUUCCUAGAUCUACGGGAGCGUUUUUCGUCUUGAAAGAAUACUUUCAGACUUUAUACUCACUUUGCGUUCUUUGAUGCUGCGCCUUCACAGUUCAUUGGACCACUGCUAAUACCCGACGGGGGCAAGCAAUAGCAAAGAGCAUUAUACAAACACAAGGGUAUGUUCAAUCUGAACAUGCGUUUUGGUUUGCUUUGAGCGGGACACGACCAGAUUCGUCAGGAGUCACGUGACUAUAGUGCCACUGGCGCCUUCUUCUGUGGUGGAAGAGACAGAACUGAAUGUGAGGUUAUACCGAAUCAGUCUGGAAUGAAAAGGAAGAUGUAAUUGUUAUGGUAUACACACAAUUUAUAACAUGUACAUUUAUUUCUUCGUGGAAUUGUUCAACUCCCAUAGUGGGAGAUAUGUGCAUAAUUGAUGUAACAAUAGCACCACUUCUCCACGAGCAGGUUUGUUUUGUGAGUCAUAACAAUACCAAUUUC